AUGUACUCUGCCAAAGUGAUCUCAUUGCAAUUGAAGGAAGUGGAGAGGAAAAACAGUCCAUGUUUCAGUACAGGACCUGUGGGUGAGGACUUGUAUCACUGGGAAGCUAUCAUAACGGGCCCUAAAGGUUCACCCUAUGAGAAUGGUGUUUUCAAACUAGACAUUCACUUUCCGCUUGACUACCCUUUCGCGCCACCUAGGGUGAUGUUCAAAACAAAAGUGUAUCACCCACACGUUAAUACUUAUGGGAACAUUUUUCUGAAGAUGUUGAACCCAACUCACUUCAGGACCAACAACAGCAUCAAUGAUGUACUGACGGAAAUACACCAAAUGAUUUACGUGGAAGACAGGGCUGCUUUUGAAACCACUGCACUUGCAUGGACAGUGGAGCACGCCAGAGGAGCAUGA